GAUAGAGCGUCAUUGUACGUAAUGGAGUCGAUUUUCUAUUCAACAAAGUUGUGAAUGAAGAGUUUACAUAUUUUUGCCAAAAAUAUCACAUAAAACUGUGAAAUAUUUAAAGUUUUUGGACUUCAGUGAAUAUCUAAAGGUGAUUUAUGGAUACCAGAGCUAAGAAAACGUGCCUAAACAACCUCAUCUUCGCAUCAAUGUAUAAUCAUUCAUCAAUCAACACUAUGGGAAUACAGAGGGUUCGCUAACAGUGCGUUAUUUAUAUAUUGGCUGCCCAAACACGCGGGUUCAUGGUUUUACGAGGGCAAAUUUGUUUUCCAACGUCAGAUGAAGGAAUGGCUUCAGAUCAACCUGUGAAAAAAAAGCAGAGGAUAGAUGGCCCCGAUAUCAGUGAAGCGAGUGAUAAGUCCGCGGAGGAUAUACUCCCUGACAUUUACGACUCUGAGACACCUCUUGCGGAUAGCUCUGGAGACUAUACAUCCAGGAAUGGCGAGUCUCCUGACAGUGGCACUGUAAGUGAAGACGCGGUUGAUUGUUCUACCAUUUUGAGGCUCCCUAGUGAUAGUAAUGUUGAAAUUAUACCUUCGUGUUCUAAUAAUAAUCAAAACUGGACCGUGGCUGAUGAUAAUCUUCUCAGUGAACUGCGCGUAUUCCAAAACGCUUUAGUUGGACAAUGUUUGUGUGGUUUUAAUGAAAAUUCGCUAUCUCAGCUGUUCGACAGACGCUUACAUAUAAACACCUGGCCUCUCACAUGCUCCCUCACCUAUUUGUCAACAAUGCAAUUAAUGUUUGAUAUUUAUCUGAAACAAAACAAUGUUGGCACUAUAUGCUCCAGAUUAAUGUAUGCAUGUGAUAUUUUUGUCAGAAACAGGCAUGACUGGAUAACAGAGAUUGUAGAAUUAGCAGACCAUAAGAGCAAAUUUAUAACCUUCGUCGCAUGUAGAGUAUUAGCCAGUUUCCUCAUUGUAUCUAAAGACACCGUCGAUGAAAACUGGUUGCAGCAGAUCACCGAAAAUGUUUACUUGUUUGAUAGAAUUAAUAGAAUUACUGUGCAAAAGAUAAAUUUCAGCUUAGAUAUAAUCAAGAGGAUAGUUGAAUGGAAGGAUGUGGAGCAACAUCCCUUAGAUGAGACUAGUUAUGCUAAUGCACCCGGCACCAUCCAGGUUCAGGAGGAUAAUCCAUUUAGAGGCAGCUCGAGCUCGCAAUCGUCAGCGGGCUCUAGUUCACGUAGUGAUAAUUUACAUAGUGCAUUUUCUAAUUUGCAAACCCACAGCUCACCUUCAACAUCUUCUGAUAGUAAGACAAGUAAACCAACAUCCACAUUCAAACUUAAUGAGCCUGUCUUUAAAUUCCCUCACGACCAAUCCGACAGCAGAAUGGAACCGGCUGAUUCUCCAGAACCUUCUCAAUCAAGGAUAGAAAGAGUUAACGAGCAUGGAUGCAUAACUGUGAUAUUAACAGACUCCGAGUCGUUUGAUACAUCUCAUAUAAAAUGUUUAACUAUAAAGACUUUAGAGCAUCACUGGCCAAUUCUAGUAAAAAACAUGAAGCUGCUUCUGUUAAGGUACCUGAACUUAUCUAAUGCUGAAAAUUGUAUAUUAACUUUCUUCUCCCUGUGGGAGAAUAUUAUAAGUGUCAAAGCGAAUCUCUCCGUCAUUGAUACCAAGCCAUUUUAUGCAGACUUGCAGGGUUUUGUAGAUUUAUUAAGGAAUACAAUGCUUCCGGGCUUAAUAUAUGCACAUUUACUUAGUUUAUUUAAUGAAGUCCUAUGUUAUGGCUCAACGUUGGCCCUUCAGGAUAUACUGCCGGAGGAAAUAUGUUGCUUAGCCCAUUCUAUAGUUAGGUAUGUGAAAGACUUUAGAUUGUUAAGUGAAGUUAGGGUUCAAAGUAGUAGAAGUGGAUUUGGGUUUUUGGAACAUGACUGUAGAGUGAUACAUGAUUAUUCUUUGGGACCUGAUAUCGGGCCGUUAUCAUCAUCAAUACAAUUGGUCGAUCAGAGUUAUGGUGAAGAUGAUAACGAAGAUUCCACACAAAGCCGGACUGAGGUAGACAAAACAAUGCUCCAACGAAUGUCACUGCUGGUCCUCAAAUCCGUAGCAGUCACCGUUAAAGAGAUGCGAUGUGACUCAUCGGACAGUUCAAUAGAUUCGUCAGAUUACAACGCUAUACAGGACAUGCAAAUAGUUGAAAGAUCAAUACGGGACGUGCUUAAGAAAUUGGAUGUGUUUAUAAGGAAUCGCUUAGAGUUUCACCCGGAGACUCCAUUCACCAAGAUGUUGAUACAUCUGUUCAGCGAGCAGGAUGAUUAUCUCAUUGAAUCUAUGGUGUGUACAUUAGAUAUAACCGUGGGUAUAGUGUAUAGGAACUCUAUGUAUCCCGACUUAAUACCAAUGCUGAAUCCCAUUAUGUCCUUCAUAGAAUUCCUCAGGGUUGUCGCACAUGAUAGUGAUGUGUUGUUAGAUUAUCUUGUCAGCAAUGAAACCUGUUUUCUUUUAUACUUGUUGAGAUUCUUAAAAUAUGUGAGACGUAACUGGCCAAAAUUCUUAGACACCUGCCAGCAAAUGGAUCCGGGUACAACGAGAGGCCUGGAUGAUACUAUGAGGGUUUUGAUAAGGUUGCGUUUACAAAUCAGUAGGCUAGUAUCGAAAUCACUUUUCCCAUACAACAUCAGUCCAGUUCUGAGACUGCUCGAGGUCUGCGAAAGUCUCUAUGAAGGAAAUGAAUUUAGCUGAAUCAAUACAUACAAGAAACAGGCAACUAAAGUAUUUUAAAAUUAGAAUCUAUAAAAAAAAAACAUAAAACUCAAAGACUGGCGAUAUAACAUUCCAAAACUAAUUGGCUUAGUUUUUAAUAUAAUAAUUAGUUAAUUUAUAUUUUAAUGUUACAUGUGUAAUCGUAAAUAAUAAAGUACAUUUCUCUAAGUCUUCCUGUAUUUGUUAAUAAUGUUUUUUUUCUUAUGUUAAAAUAUAUCUAAUUUAAUCACGAAAUUUUAAACUUAAAAGUGCCUUGUAAUGAACAGUGCCUUUCAUUAACAUAUACAGCAUAAUAAAUAUAUAUAUAUAUACACAUACAUAUAUAAACGGUCGCUUAUUACAUAGGAAUAGCAUAAUUUAUUAUGUUUUGUAUAUAUAAUUAAUUUUAGUGCAUAUAAAAUGCGGGUUUAUAAAAUACAUAAAUUAUAUAAAACGUAACCAGUGUAAAUAUAGCCAUUUACUGUUUAAGGAGUAAAAUUUAAUCAGUAUUAAACGAAAAAAAAAAACUUAAUUUAUAUUUAAAAAAAAAAAGUAAUAAAUGUAAUAUUUUUUAGUAUUGUAUGUAAUUAGGAAACUUUGAAAAUUUUUUUUUUUUUUAAAUUUUGUCACAACUCAUGAAAUCACAGGACGAAAAUGUUUUUAAAAUCAUGUUAUAAAUAAAUUAAUUGUGUUGUUUUUUUUUACUCACGAUCAUUGUAACAGAUUGACCUCCGACUGUUAUCUAGAUAUAUGUAUUUUAUUAAUAGUUUGUAUUUUUGAUUAUUAUGUUUGUUAUGUCACUGAAUCUCAGCCAUUUAAAAUUGCCACGGUGUUUAUAUACGAACAGUUUUGAUGUUAAAUUAUUCUUGCCAUUAAUAUAGUAUAGUUACGUGGAAACAUGAACCUUGACUUUACUUGAUAAUUCGUUUGUUACCGAUCACUUUAUAUAUUCAUAUUAUUGAAAAAAAAAAUAAUAAUUCUGACGACAAUAAUUAAAUUCAUAUAAAUAUAACUUUAUUGUAAAUUUUAAGUUAUAAUUUAAUAUACCAAUAAAACAAAAUAUUUUUGUACAUGAUCCGUAA